AUGGGAUUUUGUAGCGAAAGUUUCAGGUUUGAAGGUGGAGGGAGAAACAUAAGAAUAGGUUUAAACAGAACAGGAAAGAGUUGCAGGUUAAGGUGGGUUAAUUACCUUCACCCUGGUCUCAAACGUGGCAAGAUGACUCCUCAAGAAGAGCGUCUUGUCCUUGAGCUUCACGCCAAAUGGGGAAAUAGAUGGUCGAAAAUAGCUCGGAAAUUGCCGGGGAGAACAGAUAACGAGAUAAAGAAUUACUGGAGGACUCAUAUGAGGAAGAAGGCUCAAGAGAAGAAGCGUCCUCCUCCUAUGUCUCCAACUUCAUCAUCUUCAAACUGCUGCUCAUCGUCUAUGACAACUGCGACUACUCAAGACAGUGGAGGAUCCAAUGGGAAAAUGGGUCAAGAAGGCGAAGAUGAAGGAUACUACUCGAUGGAUGACAUAUGGAGAGAGAUUGAUCAGUCUGGAGCAAACAUUAUCAAACCGGUGAAAGACAUGUACUACUCAGAGCAGAGCUGUUACUUGAACUUCCCUCCACUGGCUUCUCCGGCAUGGGAAAGCUCCUUGGAGUCUAUAUGGAACAUGGACGCUGAUGAAAGUAAGAUAACGUCUUCUUUUGCUAUUGAUCAGUUUCCUAUCAGUUUUGAACAUGGUAGAUCGUCGUGGUCGUCUUUAGUCUAG